UGAAAGAAGUAAGAAAGGACUGGCUGUGCUCUGAAUGGCUGUAAAACCUGAAUCCUGGGAGUUGCUCACACAGUACAGAUCUGAGCCCAUGUUGGCACAGGGAAACAGAGAACACCCAGGGAGGGACUCCAUACAAAGUGCCAUGGCUGCAACUCCCCCUCUGUGCCACCUGCCCCUGGCUGACAACCCCACUACCGUGGAGGACUUCACUGAGGGGGGCUCCAAAAUCAACGUGAGUAAGAACCAGUGGGAUGACAGUAAAAUGUUUAUUGGAGGGCUAAGCUGGAAUACAAGCAAGAAAGCUGUGACUGAAAACCUGUCUCAUUUUGCAGAGGCUGUAGACCACACAACUGAAACAGAUCCCAUCAUGGAAAGAUCAAGGGGAUUUGGAUUUGUGUUUUUCAAAUAUGUUGCCAGUAUCAAUAAGGUUCUGGAACUUAAAGAACACAAGCUGGAUGUCAAGCUGAUAGACCCCCAAAGGGCUAAAGAUUUAAAGGGAAAGGAGCCCCCACAAAAGGUAUAUGUUGGUGGGCUGAGCCCAGAUACAUCUGAAGAACAAAUCAAAGAAUAUUUUGGAGCAUUUGGAAAAAUUGAGAGUAUUGAACUUCCUAUGAACAUAAAAACAAAGGAAAGAAGAGGAUUCUGUUUUAUCACAUCUACAGAUGAAGAACCAAUAAAGAAAUUAUUAGAAAGCAGAUGUCAUCAGAUUGGUUCUGGGAAAUGUGAAAUCAAAGUUGCCCAACCCAAAGAGGUAUAUGGGCAGCAACAACAGAAAAUUGGGAAGGGAGCUACAGCUGCUGGAUGAGGUGGAACUGGGGGUCCUGGCUUUGGUCAACAAAGCACUUAUGGCAAAGAAUCCUGAGGGCGUGGUAAUAACCAAAACAAUUACCAAAUGUAUUAAAAGAGGACAUGGAGGAAAGAGGUGCAGAUGCUACAGCAAUUUAUCUUGCAAGAUGAUACACUGAAUGGAGAGUGGUCUUCUAUUGAUCUGAGAUGACAAUUUUGUAAAAGACUUGUAGUGUACAUGACACAGUUGUGUUCAAUUGUAUAUAAUGGCUGAUAUAGUUAUCUUGUUUUCACUUUGUUUCUUGCCAUCUGUGUUAUGACAGAUAUGGAUUUCUGUUUAUACAAAUUUAAUUUGUAUAACUUCAUGUUAAAUGAUUCUCAAAAAUAAAUUACUUGUGAUCAUUAAAAAAACCCCAAAAAACCCUAGAUAUGACGAGUAUCACUCAUUAAAAGCCCAGAGUAAGAGAUGACAUGGUGAGUUGUAGAUGGAAGCUGAAAUGCAAGAGCAUGGUUAGCAUGAAGAUGGCUGAUGGACGGCAGCUAGGACUAUAUACCCUAAGGACCACAGAAUUUCAGAGUUGAAAAGUAUCUUAGAGAACAACUAGGUGGUGCAGUG